AUGGUGGUGGCUGCUCAUCUGGAAUCAAUGGCGUCGGAGGAUGGGACGAAAAGUAGCAAAAAUAAAAUAGUUCCUGCAUCUAAGAAAAAAAUGGCAACUGACAAAAAACAACGAAAGAGGUCUGCUUCUCAGAUUGCUGAGAACCCUGCCGUUUCUCGUAAAUUGCCCAAGCGUGCUGCGGCGUGUUUGGAUUUCAAGGAGAAGUCUUGUCGUAUAUCUGAAAAAGGUUCAGUUCUCGAAACAAAAAAAGAUCAAGUCGUUGAAGAAGAACUCAUUGCUGUUCGUCUGACUGCUGAACAAGAGGAUGGUCGCCCAUGCAGGCGGCUCACUGAUUUCAUCUUCUAUAAUUCAGAAGGAGUUGCGCAGCCUUUUGAAAUGCUUGAAGCGGAUGAUAUCUUUAUCACUGGACUCAUCUUACCGCUUGAGGAAAGUUCUGACAAGGAGAAAGCGAAAGGAAUUAGAUGUGAAGGAUUUGGUCGAGUCGAGGAAUGGGCCAUAUCUGGUUAUGAAGAGGGAACCCCAGUGAUAUGGGUUUCAACAGAGUUGGCUGAUUAUGAUUGCUUGAAACCCUCUGGAAGCUACAAGAAGUUCUAUGACCAUUUUUAUGCAAAAGCUAGUGCCUGUGUUGAGGUUUAUAAGAUACUGUCCAAGCCAUCUGGAGGUGACCUAUGCGUUGAUGAGCUGUUUGCUGUGCUUGUGCGUGCAAUGAGCGGGAUGAAGUGCUUCUCGAGUGGUCUAUCUAUCAGGGAUUUUAUUGUUUCCCAGGGUGAUUUCAUCUAUAACCAGCUUAUAGGUUUGGACGAGACCUCGAAGAAUGAUAUGCAAUUUGCUGAGCUGCCCGUUCUUGCUGCCCUUAGAGAUGAAAGCAGCAAGUUGGAUAUUGAUAAACCUCUGCCUGAUACUCUUUCAGGUAACCUGAGAAUAGGUCCAAAAUGUGGCGACGAAAAUGCGACUUGUCCAGCAGAAGAAGAUGAAAAUUUGAAAAUGGCGAGGGUGUUGCAGGAAGAAGAACGUUGGCGCUCUAUGAAGCAGAAGAAAGGCCGUGGCUCAAACUCCUCGUCCAGCAAAUACUACAUCAAGAUCAAUGAGGAUGAAAUUGCCAAUGACUAUCCCCUACCUGCCUAUUAUACAACGUCAAAUGAAGAAACUGAUGAGUAUAUAAUAUUUGAUGGUGGCGUAGAUGUGCUGAACAUUGAGGACUUGCCCCGGAGCAUGUUGCACGACUGGGCUUUGUACAAUUCGGAUUCUCGAUUGGUCCCAUUGGAGCUCCUUCCCCUGAAACCUUGUGAUGAGAUUGAUGUGACCAUAUUUGGCUCGGGUGUAAUGAGUGCUGAUGAUGGAUCUGGAUACAUCUGUGAUGGCGAUUCUGCUUACUCUUCAAGUGGUUCUGAUGCUCCUGCUGUUGAAGGGAUCCCAAUUUUCUUGAGUGCAAUCAAAGAAUGGGUGAUUGAAUUUGGGUCCGCAAUGAUUUCGAUUUCUAUACGGACUGAUAUGGCCUGGUAUAGGCUUGGUAAACCUUCAAAGCAAUAUGCUCCAUGGUAUGAGCAAGUCCUGAAAACAGCAAGGCUUGCAAUAAGUAUCAUUACUUUGCUGAAAGAGCAGAUUCGUGUGGCAAGACUCUCUUUCGCGGAUGUUAUCAAGAGAAUCUCUGAUUUUAACAAAGACAAUCCAGCUUUUAUAUCAUCCAACUCAGUGCUGGUAGAAAGAUAUGUGGUUGUGCAUGGCCAGAUUAUUCUGCAGCAGUUCUCAGAGUAUCCUGAUAAGAACAUAAAAAAGUGCCCAUUUGUGAUUGGACUCACCCAGAAAAUGGAAGAGAAACACCACACGAAAUGGCUUGUCAAGAAAAAGAAGUUCCUGGAGAGGGAUGAACAAAACUUGAAUCCAAGGGCCGCUAUUGUGCCUGUUGUGUCCAAAAGGAAGGCUAUGCAGGCAACUACAACGAGGCUAAUCAACAGAAUAUGGGGUGAGUAUUAUUCCAAUUACUCGCCUGAGGAAUCAAAUGAAGGAACCCAAUGUGAAGUAAAAGAAAAUGAAGAUAACGAAGAGCAGGAGGACAACGAGGAGGAUGAUACUCUUGAGAAGAAAUUGUUAGAACAGGAGAAAACUCAGACACCUAGUCCCUUGCCAAGGCAGACAAAGUCCCGUUCAGGUAGCAAAGAAGUAAAGUGGGAUGCGAAAUCUGAGGGAAAAUUAUCUACCGGUGAGUCUUUAUAUAGAAAGGCAAUAGUCCAUGGCGAUGAAAUUGCAGCUGGUGGGGCUGUUCUUGUGCAAAAUGAUGAAUCAGAUGAAUUCCCAACAAUUUAUUUUGUUGAAUACUUGUUUGAAAAGUUGGAUGGGAAGAAAAUGUUACAUGGGAGAAUGAUGCUACGAGGCUGCCAAACUGUGCUUGGAAAUGCUGCAAACGAAAGGGAGGUAUUUUUGACAAAUGAAUGUGAGGACUUCCUACUGGAAGAAGUCAGGCAGAGUAUAAGUGUUGAAAUAAGAUCAAUUCCUUGGGGUCAUCAGCACAGGAAAGCAAAUGCAGAUGCUGAUAAAGUUGAUCGAGCAAGAGCAGAAGAAAGGAAGAAGAAGGGGCUGCCUACUGAGUAUUACUGCAAAAGCCUGUAUUGGCCAGAGAGAGGUGCAUUCUUUACCCUUCCAUAUGGGUCGAUGGGACUUGGAUCCGGCUUGUGUGGGGCUUGCCGAGCAAAGGAAGCUAAUGAUAACAAGGAAAAGUUUGAAUUGGAUACAUCACUGACAAGUUUCAUGUACGGAGGAACUAAAUAUUCUAUUGACGACUAUGUCUACUUGAGUCCUUACUACUUUUGUUCAGAAAGAGAAGCUGAAAUUUUCAAGUCCGGGAGGAAUGUAGGACUAAAGGCAUAUGCUAUAUGCCAGCUGCUUGAAAUUUGUGAUGUUAAGCAUCGCAAACAGAGUGAUGCCAGUUCAGUGGAGGUCAAGGUCAGAAGAUUUUUCAGGCCAGAGGACAUAUCAUCUGAGAAGGCCUACUCAUCGGAUAUAAGGGAGGUCUAUUAUAGUGAGGAGAUGCAUACGAUACCAGUUGAAGUGAUUGAAGGAAAGUGCGAGAUCAGAAAAAAGAAAGAUCUCGGAUCUCAAGAUGUCACUUUUACAUAUGACCAUGCUUUCUUUUGUGAAUAUAUGUACGAUCCUUCUAGAGGAUCUCUUAAGAAGUUGCCGUCAAAUAUCAAGAUUAAGUAUUCAACAGAGCAGUUGAAUGAUGAUACUAAAUCUAGGAAGAGUAAGGGGAAAUGCAAAGAAGGCGAGGUUGAUUCAGAAGUUGUAAAACUCAAAGAAGAAUCUCAGGGACAACGCUUGACUACAUUAGAUAUUUUUGCUGGCUGUGGUGGCUUAUCUGAGGGACUAGAGCAUUCUGGUGUUUCUGUAACAAAAUGGGCUAUCGAGUAUGAAGAGGCUGCUGGAGAUGCAUUCAGACUCAAUCAUCCUGGAUCUUUGGUAUUUGUAAACAAUUGCAAUGUCAUCCUGAGGUAUAUAUUUCUUGUAAUAGUUCCACAGUCUCGAAAGAGAGCAUUUAUAUGGGCGGCUUCUCCUGAACAGCUGCUUCCAGAGUGGCCUGAGCCGAUGUAUGUCUUUGCUGCACCUGAGCUGAAAAUCUCAAUGUCAAAGAAUCUGAACUAUUCGGCUGCUAAGAGUACUACAAAAGGAGCUCCAUUUCGCUCUCUUACUGUCAGAGAUACAAUUGGGGAUCUUCCUCCUGUGGGCAAUGGUGCAUCAAACACAAGUUUACAGUAUCAAGGUGAGCCUAUAUCAUGGUACCAGAAGAAAAUCCGAGGUAGCAUGGCCACAUUAAUUGACCACAUCUCAAAGGAAAUGAAUGAGCUUAACCUAAUCAGGUGUCAGAAAAUCCCCAAGCGUCCCGGUGCUGACUGGCGUGAUCUUCCAGAUGAAAAGGUGAAAUUAUCAACUGGACAAGUAGCUGAUUUGAUACCAUGGUGCUUGCCUAAUACUGCCAAGAGGCACAAUCAAUGGAAAGGACUGUUUGGAAGGUUGGAUUGGGAGGGUAAUUUCCCAACUUCUAUAACUGACCCACAACCGAUGGGCAAAGUUGGAAUGUGCUUUCAUCCUGAACAAGACAGGAUUGUUACUGUUCGUGAGUGUGCACGCUCUCAGGGUUUUCCUGAUAGCUACAAAUUUUCUGGUACCGUUCUUCACAAGCACAGACAAAUUGGAAAUGCUGUUCCUCCUCCACUAGCUUAUGCACUGGGAAGAAAACUGAAGGAGGCAGUUGAGGGCAAAAGCAAUUGCUAG